AUGUUACUUCCUUAUGUGUGUUUCAGGCAGCACAAUAAGAUUCGAAGUGUGGAGGGGAGUCAACUGAAGCCCUACCUGUCCUUAGAAGUGUUGGAUCUGAGUUCAAACAACAUCACAGAAAUCCGGAGCACCUGCUUUCCUCAUGGAUUGCACAUAAGGGAGCUCAACCUGGCGAGCAACCGAAUUGGCACCCUGGAGUUGGGAGCAUUUGAUGGCCUGUCACGGUCGCUGCUGACUCUUCGCCUGAGCAAAAACAGGAUCACUCAGCUUCCUGUGAAAGCAUUCAAGCUACCCAGGCUGACCCAACUUGACCUCAAUCGGAAUCGGAUUCGGCUGAUCGAGGGACUCACGUUCCAGGGACUGGAUAGCUUGGAGGUGCUGAAGCUUCAGCGAAACAACAUCAGCAAGCUGACAGAUGGCGCCUUUUGGGGGCUGUCUAAGAUGCACGUGCUGCACCUGGAGUCCAACAGCCUGGUGGAAGUGAACAGCGGCUCCCUGUAUGGCCUCACGGCCCUGCACCAGCUGUAUCUCAGCAACAACUCCAUCUCUCGCAUUCAUCGUGAUGGGUGGAGCUUCUGUCAGAAGUUGCAUGAGUUGAUUCUGUCCUUCAACAACCUCACGCGGUUGGAUGCGGAGAGCCUGGCGGAGCUGAGCAGCCUGACCACCCUGCGCCUCAGCCACAAUGCCAUCAGUCACAUUGCCGAGGGCGCCUUCAAGGGACUCAAGAACCUGCGCAUCCUGGACCUGGACCAUAACGAGAUUUCAGGCACAAUCGAGGACACCAGUGGCGCCUUCAUGGGGCUGGACAGCCUCAGCAAGCUAACUCUGUUUGGAAACAAGAUCAAGUCCGUGGCCAAGAGAGCAUUCUCAGGGCUAGAAGGCCUGGAGCACCUGAACUUGGGAGAGAAUGCCAUCAGGUCAGUCCAGCUUGAUGCCUUUGUGAAGAUGAAGAAUCUUAAAGAGCUCCACAUCAGCAGUGAGAGCUUCCUGUGUGACUGCCAGCUGAAGUGGCUGCCACCAUGGCUAGUGGGCAGGGCACUGCAGGCCUCCGUGACAGCCACCUGUGCCCACCCAGAGUCACUGAAGGGCCAGAGCAUUUUCUCCGUGCCACCAGAGAGUUUCGUGUGUGGUAAGACUGUCUUUGAAAUUUUAUUUUCAUGAAGGGCAAGGAGGCGAGGAGGGAACCCCUCAUUAUGGGAGUAAUUCCUGUGAUCUGAGUAAACUCGGCCCGCGGUUACAGACCAGCUGCUGGAUGCAAUUUAUUUCCCCCUGAAACCACACAAUUUCCCAAACGGUGCCACAGCUUGUGGUUCUUGAGGUUCAUGCACUGAAUCAGAAGGGAGUACAAGUGGGCUCGUCUGCAAAUCAGCUACAGGAGGCGCUGGUGUUUCAGAACGGCUCUGGUGCUGUGCUUGGCUGUGAACUUACGCCGGGUGUGAGGCUGAGAUUUUUUAAUGUGUAUUUCUUUCCAGACCCAAGAAUGAGAGGUUAAACACAGGAAGAACAGGUCUCAGGAGAGUAACUGCUGUAGUAAAAAUAAUUCCUCCAUGUUGACUUGCUCUUUUGCUGUUUCUCCACACCACUGAAAUCUGCCCUGGAAGCUUGGAAUUCUUUCUUCCUCUGAUUGCUGCAACAGAGCUCUUGCCAUCUUUUUAACCAGGGGUGGUCGGACUCCCAGUUUGGUUGCAAAAAGUGCAGGAAAUGCUGAAGAGAUGAAAACACACAGGAAACCAGCCUCAUGGCCAAGAGGAUGGGGUUAGAGAACAAGAUGAAUUUCGAAUAGCUCCUGGGGUCCUGGUCGGCCACUUCUCUUUCCCACUUUUGUUGUAGGGAUAUGGGUAAACAAGUGUCCUCCGUCCAUCCACACAGCACUUCCCGGCCACCACACCAGGGAGAAGCAACCACCAAGCGUGUGAUCACAGCCCCCAACACUAGGCUUCCCCGGCUGGUCAGUCUUGGGAGCCUUCUGCUUGGAAUCUGAGGCUGUGCAUGGCUCCCGUCCUCCAGGGCCAGAGUAGCUGUGCAGGCCAUGGUUCAUCAGUCCGGUGCUCGUCUGGUUGGUGGCCAUUACCCUAUUUCUAGAA